AUGACGGAGGCGCGGUUUCUACGAGCGCCCGAGAUAUCACAUCGAUCCCUCCGUGGGCAUGUCGAAAGCGAAACACUAGAUCGAACCGAGUCGUACACUGUUUUCGUACUUCUAAGACGAUUAUUCACGGAGCACAUAUACACAAUGUCCCGUUCCGAAGGAUAUACACAAAAUGGUGCUGAGCGAAACGGAAUAGCACUGUACUCGGCGAGUUGUCUAUGCGCGACUGACGGAAGGCGUCUACUGUAUCCGCCAUCUGCCGACGAGAAUGAAUGCGGUGAACUCGUCGCCUGGAGGUACUGUGUGCGUGUGUCCGUACACGGCCUGACGUUAGAAGAAUAUUGA